GCGUGUCACAUGUCAACCGGUCUCUUUUCUCUCCCGGCCGCCAUCUUGUGCCUGCAUGCUCGCAACUCUCGUCUGGAUCCUCCACCAAAUCUUCAGUAAAAUGGCAGAAAACAAGCGUCAGGAGCGGAGCUUCAUCAUGAUCAAGCCCGACGGCGUCCAGCGCGGGCUUGUGGGCGAAGUCAUCAAGCGCUUCGAGCAGAAGGGCUUCAAGCUGGUGGCCAUGAAGUUCAUGCAGGCUUCAGAGGAACACAUGAAGAGCCACUACAUUGACCUGGCGAAGAAGCCAUUCUACGCUGGUCUGUGCAAGUACAUGUCAACCUCCCCUGUUGUUCCAAUGGUGUGGGAAGGUCUGGAUGUGGUGAGGACUGGACGUGUGAUGCUGGGAGAGACCAACCCUGCUGACUCCAAGCCUGGUACCAUCAGGGGCGACUACUGUGUUGAAGUUGGCAGGUAGGUGUCACGUCAGGAGCGGAGCUUCAUCAUGAUCAAGCCCGACGGCGUCCAGCGCGGCCUUGUGGGCGAAGUCAUCAAGCGCUUUGAGCAGAAGGGCUUCAAGCUGGUGGCCAUGAAGUUCAUGCAGGCUACAGAGGAACACAUGAAGAGCCACUACAUUGACCUGGCGAAGAAGCCAUUCUACGCUGGUCUGUGCAAGUACAUGUCAACCUCCCCUGUUGUUCCAAUGGUGUGGGAAGGUCUGGAUGUGGUGAGGACUGGACGUGUGAUGCUGGGAGAGACCAACCCUGCUGACUCCAAGCCUGGUACCAUCAGGGGCGACUACUGUGUUGAAGUUGGCAGGAACCUUGUCCACGGUAGCGACUCCGUUGAGAGUGCGAAGAAGGAGAUCGCCCUGUGGUUCACAGACAAGGAACUUGUGACCUACACCGCUGGCCAGUUCAGCUGGGUGUAUGAAGACUAGGACCCCACCGUCUUACACAAGCCAAGUCACAGCCUAAGCAGACUCUAGGGAAUUCAUGUCCCCUACAUUCCUGUAAGCGUAAAAAAGUGUCUUUAUGUUUCUGUGACGUCCUGUCUGUCAAGUUGAAUAUGUAACGGAAAGAUAAACCUUAUCCUGUCUCUGUUUACUAAACCCAGGUGUGGAAUUUGAUCACCCACUGUGUAAUGUGUGAGCAGACUAGUUCCGAGGUAGUCAUGAAAUGACAGCCUGAAUUUCGAUCCAGUCCAGGUCAGUUACAGUAUCCAAUGUGAGAAAUUUCCACCAGACAAACCACAUCUUGCCUUGGAUCAAACUAGGAUGGACCGUCUUCCCACUUUGCAUAAAAAUUUCAAGUCAGUCAUUGCAGGAGUGUCAUUAGUUUUGGUCAUGUCCAAAAUUGUGCAAUGAAUAUCCAGCAUUGAUUUGUGCGUGUACUGGAGGGGUUUGUGUUGGGCCCCAGCUUGGUUUGUGCAGGACUAGGAUAUCAUUAAAUAAAGCUAGAAUGCACCAGA